UAGUGACCAAAGAAUAUAAAAAUAUUUUAUCCGAGAACAGAGAAAGAGAGGGAGUAAAAGAGUGUGUGUGUAUAUUUGUGUGACUUGCAGAGAAUGCCAGAUUUACCGGGCACCUGAAUUCUUACGAUAUUUCACGUCUACAUUGUAUCGAAUUACGUCCGAAAUUUUACGGUUCAAACGUCGAUUUGGGAUGAAUGCUGUCAGACAACAUACGGAACAAUUUACCGCUCGAACCAUUCAUUUCACUUCGAAAAUGCAACUUUCGUUUCGUUGGAUAUUUAGAAAGUGUAUAUUAGAUUCAGUGAACGAUAGGGUGGUUCCAAGUCUAAUAAAAAUAUUAGAAGCGUUUACCGAAGGUAAAAAAGAGGCAACAACGUGUUUUAAUGAUAUUAGAUAGUAAAAAUGUGGAAUAUGAAAUUAUCGAUAUAACAGAACCAGGAAAAGAGCUAGAGAAAGAGUUUAUGCAAUCUAAUAGUAUUGCAAGAGAAAGUAAAUAUCCAUUACCGCCACAAAUAUUUAAUGAAGAUGAAUAUUGUGGGGAUUAUGAGGAUUUUGAUUUGGCAAAUGAAAUAGAUGAAUUGGAACAAUUUUUGAAAGUGGCGCCUCCUGCUAGUGCAACAGAAACUACUGUUGAUUCGAAUCAAAGUAAAGAUAUUCAAGAAAAUGGGAAUACAACAAGUCGAGAGCCUUCCAUAGAUAAAGAUGUAGUGACAGAACAGGUAGAAAGCACGAAGGAGAGGAUAACUUUACCAAAUGAGUCAGAUGAAUCUAGACCUACAGAACAUGAUGGUGGAACAAAAGCUGAAGAGGAUACAGAACAUAUGACAGAGAAUGUUGAAAAAAAUGAAGAGAAAUCUGGUGAUCAAGAGAAAGAAGAGUAGGUGUGAAAUAAGCCCAUAUGAUAGUGGGACAUUCAUAUUUUUUUGACAUACUUGGUUUUUUACCAGUAAGGGUAUUUUAUAAAAGUUAUAUUUAUCACACUUCUAAGGCUGAGUGAAGGUACUGCCAAGAUAAACUUCUGCUUUGCAGGAAACAUGUUAAAGAAACAGUAUAAUUGAAAUAUAAGUGAUACUUUUAUAGAAAUAUUUUAUAGUGCAAUCAAGCAUGUUUUCACCAUCAGAUUUUUAAUAGGUCUGAUUAAAAAAUAUGAAUUAAUUUCACUGUUUUUCAUGUCGGUAGUUUAUAUGAACUUUUUUAAUUCCUUAUGAUAAUAUUUUUGACCGUUUACGCUGUAUUGUGUCUCUUACUUUUAACUUCAGUUUUAAUAAUGUUUUAGGAAUAAUAAAUUUUCAGUAUUGACGAUGUUUUUGUUUUGUUGUUUACUAAAAGUAUAACAAAGAAUUUAAAUAGAUUUAUUUUCAUUUGAAAUUGCUUAAUUUGGUUUUAUUUCAGAUUUCUUAUUGAAUAGUCACCUUAUAAUUGUUUUUAAUCGUUCACUAGAUGCCUUUAUAUGUUUAUCACUGAUCUAACUUAUGAACUAUAUUUGUACUGAAAAAUGACUUCCAUAAGUUGUACACAAUUUCAGUUUUGGAUUUUAGCCGAGAUUUUAAAUUAAUAUAGGUUUUUAUUAUACAAAUGCGAAUAAAUUCAGACAGUACAACACUCAGUUUUGCAUGAAAUGCAACUUUUACAAAAGACGACACAAAAUUAGUUACGAUAAUCUUUACAAGAACCGUGCGCACUAAUAUUUCAUUAUGGUCAAGUACGUCCUAAAAUAAUUCUCGAUACUAUUUCCAUGAAGGUUAGAAUUAAUUUAGAAGAUUUCUUAGUUUUGCGUAAUCUAUCUCAUAAAAUUGCGAUUUAAGUUGUUAUAUUUAUAAUGAUCCUAUUCUUAUUAUUACGAAUCUAAUUUUGAAAAGAACUGAAUAUAAAACCAGUAUAGAUCAAUUUCUAGUGAUAGAGAGUAUUGAAAGUCUUCGACUCAUUUGAUCAAAGGCCUAUUUGCGAUUGUUUCUACGAAAAUUGAUAUCGAUAAAAUAUGUUUAAUCAUACUAUAUUACCCAUUUACACGGCUUGCAAUAGAUUUACUUACUUGCUGAUCAGAUAAUAGGCAGGUACUCAUUACGAACAAAUCAAAGCUUUAUGCGAGUUAUGAACCAUUUGUUAAGGGGCGAAAUGAGCUAUAAAAAAAAUAAAAUUCAUGCACGAGAUAAUAAGCCUGACUAAUUUUAAUAUAA